UCUUGAAUGUACCUUGUCGAUUCAUACAUAAUCAACAUAAAAGAUAUGGAUUGAAAGCAACACUCUAAUGUAAGCCUAUAGUAAUUGACAAUUCAUUAGUCUCUAUUGUCGUUAUUCUCACUAAAGUCAUGACAUUUUCAUACAUUUUCUUAAUCACGUCUGUUUUAAUUCUUGUGAUCUUCUCUAUCCAAAAUAUAUUUUUAUCCACAAAUAGAGGGAGGCAAGAUCAUUUGUACACUGGAGUGAGUCAAAUGAUGAUAUGAGCCUAUUAGGUAUUUGAGUUGACUGAAGUAGUUGGUAUGUGGGAAUUGAGUUUGGUGCCACUCGGGUGGCCAGUAUUUCAUUUUUUUUGUUAUUGCAAAAAAGCACAAGUCAAACUAAAUGCACUUGAAUCACAGAGAUCUGUGAUCACUCAUGCAUUUCUAUGCCAUGUAGCUAUCAGCCUCCACUUCCAGCUGACCAGGUGAAGGUGGCGACAGAAUUUGAUUAUGAACGAGAGGGAUCACCUACUAAUUUGGGUAGGGGUCGUGGUGGUAGAGGAAGGGGGAGGCCGAGAGCCAUAUCUGGCAAUGGCUAUGCACAUGCUGAAUAUGAGGAUGGAGGUUACAAUCGGGGCUAUGCCAGGGGUAGAGGUCGAGGACGAGGUCGUAAUUUCCGUGGCCGUGGAAGGGGAGGGUACAAUGGUCCACCAGUGGAUACUCAGCAAGAUGCUGUAGGCUACAAUCAAGAAGUGCCUUUUCGGGGCCGAGGUCGUGGCCGUGGAAGGGGAACUCGUGGGAGGGGUCGUGGCUUCAGAUCCAAUGGGCCAAUCCUUGCUGCUGCUGGAGGGGCUUAG